AUGGGGAUCCAAACGGAAGCUAACAAAGAGGAGAGGUUGGCUCUUCUGCUGCAAGGUGACAAAUCUGAUGAGGAGCAAAGUGAUGGCCAGGAUAUGGAGAUUACAUUCAACACAGAGCUUGAGGAUCUUAGUAAACGUAUCCUAGAGAGAAAGAACAAUGAGGAGAAGACCGUCUGGGAGAAGCACCAAGAGAAAAUGAAAGAGAAAAGGAAGGCUAGGAAGAGGGGAGUAAAGGAUGAAGACGAUGAUGACGACUACAGCAGUGAAGAUGAGCGUGAGAAUAAUGAUGAUUUCUUUGCAGAUGAACAGUCUGAUGAAGAACCUAAGCCAAGCAAAAGCAAGAAACACAAGGCAAAGGCAAAGGACAAAGCAAAGAGGAAAGGAAAGGAUGAAACCACAGAGGAGCAUUUGGAACAAGAAGCAACCAAAGAAGAGUUGGAGCUCUUGGUUGCUGGUGAUCAGGACACUGCCAAUGGUGCAAAGGGUUAUAACCUGAAGCGUAAAAAGGGUAAAAAGGGCAAGAAGAGCAAAGAGGAAUCUGCUGAGGACAAACUUCCUGAUAUUGAUCUUAGCAAGGAUGAGAGGUUCUCACCGAUGUUUACGUCUCACUUGUUCGCAUUGGAUCCUACUGAUCCCCAGUACAAGAGGAGUGCGGCCUUCAUGCGAAAGCAAGCUGGGAAGCCAGGGCCACAUGGAGGCAAAUCAGGCAGGGAACCUCCUUUGGAGGGUUCGUCUCUGGGAGGUACAGUACCACCUGACGAUGCUGCUACUAACAAUGAUGAUCAGAAACCUGAUGGUUCAGCCACAGAGAAGCUGCAAAUUUUGUCUGCUGUCAAGUCUCUCAAGAGGAACCUUGGUGCUUUCAAAAACUCCAAUACAGCUGGAGCUGACCGAUAA